GCGGGAAAGGGCCGGGGCAAUGCCGUGAUGCCUCAGCAGCACGGUGGCACAGAAGUCCACCGUGGCGCGAACGUGGUCAGCCAACGUCCGCGCUGCGGCCACGAGCGCGCGUGUGCCGUACGCCGUAAGCUUCGAGAUGCACUGCCUUUGCAAAGCGGACUGCUGGCGCGCGGUAACAGCGAGGCAGGUGUUGUCUGGGGUGACUGUCGAUACCCAUCGGCAGCACAGGAAAAUGCUGGUGCCCUGUCCGCGCUCUUCCGAGCCAGGGCGUCGCCGAACUUCUUGAGCGAACAAAUUUCACCGCUGAUGUUGGCGGUUCAGUGCGAAUCGUUAGUCACCAACUGGCCGAGGUAA